AUGGAAAAGAGGGCAUUUUUUGCCUUGGCCGUUGCUUUUGCGGCGGUCACCAUUUUCUCGAGCUCGACCACUGUUGUCUCUCACGCCGGAGAUUCUUUGAAGUCCAUUUUAGGAGAAGAAAAUCUGGGGUCUUGGGAUGCAGAAGCUCCAGGGCCGGCCUAUGAGGUGAGCAAACUCGUAUUGGCGCAGAACAGGACAAAGAGGCCGGACAUUCUUACUAGGUUCCGUAAAUACAGAGGUGGAUGGGACAUUGCCAACAAGCACUACUGGGCUUCUGUGGGAUUUACAGGUUCAGCGGCUUUUAUUAUCGCUGUCUUGUGGUUUGUUUCUUUCGGGUUGGCUCUCGUGGUGCUUUAUUGCUGUGGAUGGAAAAUAGACUUAAAUGGGAAAGAGUCGAGCUGGCCCCACAGGAUCUGCCUUUGGCUACUUCUUCUGCUUACAAGUGCUGCAGCGAUUGGGUGUAUUUUGCUCUCUGUGGGUCAGAAUGACUUCCAUGAAGAAGCAUUGGGCACAUUGGAUUUUGUCGUGAACCAAUCAGAGUACACUGUGCAGACACUUAGAAAUGUAACAGGGUAUCUUUCAGUGGCGAAAAAUGUCAGUGUGGCCCAAAUAUUCCUUCCUUCAGAUGUCAAAGGCGAUAUUGACAGGUUGAAUGUGGACCUGAAUACAGCAGCAGACACGUUGGAACAGCAGACGAGCGACAACUCGAGCCGAAUAGAGAAAGUCUUCAAUACGGUGCGAUCAGCACUAAUUACUGUUACUGCAGUUAUGCUUGUGAUAACUAUUAUAGGUCUCGUUCUGUCUCUCCUUGGACGUCAGCGUGCGAUACACAUGUGUGUUAUCAGUGGAUGGUUACUUGUGACGGUCACUUUCAUCCUUUGUGGAGUUUUUGUUAUUCUGAACAAUACAAUUACAGAUACAUGCAUGGCCAUGGGGGAGUGGGUCGAGAACCCCCACGCCGAGACUGCCCUGAGCAAUAUCCUCCCGUGUGUCGACCAAAAAACCACCAAUCAGACUCUUUUCAAGAGCAAACAAGUGAUUAACGACAUUGUGAAUAUGGUUAACGGGUUUGUUGACUCCGUUGCGAAUUCGAAUCCACCUCCUCAGGCUGGUGGCCCAGUUUAUUACAAUCAGUCAGGGCCGUCGAUACCUCAUCUCUGCUACCUGUAUGACUCCAAUCUCCAAGAUAGGAAUUGUUCGGAUCAAGAACUCUCGAUGCAAAAUGCUUCGCUGGUCUGGGAGAACUUCACAUGCUUGGCCUCAGCAGACGGACUUUGCACUACAGUCGGGAGACUAACUCCGAAAAUGUAUGCAGAAUUAGUGGCAGCUGUUAACGUUAGCUACGCUCUGCAACACUACGCCCCACCAUUACUUAGUCUGCAGAACUGUGAUUUCGUGAGGGAUACGUUCGUAAGAAUCACCUCAGGCUACUGCCCUCCAUUGGAGCACCAUCUUCAUACAGUGAAUGUUGGUUUAGCUUUGAUCUCGGUUGGUGUGAUGUUGAGUCUCGUACUUUGGAUAAUUUACGCAAACCGCCCCCAAAGGGAGGAUGUGUUUGCCGGUAUAGCUUUAAGGUUAAGGAUAGGUGGAAAAAAUAAUGAUAAUAAUAACAAUAAUAUAGCUUAG